CAUACUAAGAAUACUGAGAAACAGUUAGCUUUUUUGAAAAUUACAGUUUAUUCGUUUAUACCGUUUCAUAUUAUAUAUAUUAUAAUAGUCUACGUUUUAUCGUGACGGUAUUGUUUUUAUGGUAAGCUUUACAUCAGGUAACGAUUUUCUUUUUUUUUUUCCCCUACUCCACGGCAGUAGGUGGCAGCAUUGUAAAUGUUUGAAUAAGUACCACAGAUAACCAUCAUUUCCUGUAUCAACAUGGCUGGUCGUUUCUGUGUUCACGUAAUGAUCAGUAGCUAACUCCUAGCGUUUUUAAGCUAGAUUCACUGUAAAAUUUUAAAUACCUCGCUUCCUGCGAAGAAAAAAUGUCAUCCGCAGAGAACUUCAAAACUAUUCCCUCCCUGCCUCUCUCCUCCCUGCGCCUUCUGGUGUCUCCUAUACGCUUGAUGACUGCGUUCAUGUGGCAAGUGGCAGAACACCACAACAUUGCACAUUAUGGGAAGUUGGAGGAGUUUGUUGGUCUGGUGUCUCAGGCAGCCCCCAAGUUCUUUAACGAAAGCCAGAGCACAAGGCUCGUUAUUCAGCUUCGGACCAGGAUGAUUUUGGAGUUUUAUCGUACUGGCAGUCCGGCACCGAUGACUAUCCAGGCUCACCUUGACAUGUUAAGCAACCUGAAACAGUCGAGUAGUGAUGAAGAGGCUGUGAAGUACUUGGAUGACUUUGCCGAACUGAUUCAAACUGUACUGACAGACCCGACCUCAAAAGAACAUUAUUUCCAGAAUGUUUUUCCUGAGCUGUACGGUCCAGAAUAUGAUUCAGCACUUGAGAAUCUGGUCUUGGAGUUCCUCUCUAAAGUGGAGGAGCUGUUGCCGGCGCCAGACUUGAGACAGACUGCAAUUUGGCUCGGUGCUGCCCCCUGUGCUUUGGAGGACUGUUCACAGCCACUUAUGCAUCCUGAAGACCUUAAGAACCUUCUGAAGUUAAACGGUGACACUGGCCCUAACACAGAGGAAGCUGGUGAAGUUGCGGUGAUAAGCGGUCCUCCUGCCUGUCCUAUUGAGGAGGAAGUUAUGGUCAUGGCUGACCCAUCCAGUCCAGUAGAAGUUGCUGAAAGUGUUGUGAUCACCUCUUUAAGUGACCCUAAUGAAAUUGUGGACUGUGAUGAACCACAGGGGUUCGAUGGUGUAGAUUACGUGUCUGAUGAAGAGUACAGUCCCAAAGAAGCACAUUCCCCCCAGGAUAGAGAGAUAGUAGACACCCUCCAAAGCUCAGGAGACGCCUCAAGUGAAGGUGUGUCAGAAUCUGUGAGCAAAAAGACAAACCAGCAAAUAUAUGUGAUCCAGCAACCUGCAAGAGCGGUUGCAAAGCCUUCUACCCCCUCCACUGUAUAUGUGAUAAACCCUGUUGCUGUCAGAAAGCGCAGCGUGGAAAAGACAGAAGUCACACCGCUAAGUGUGGAAAAAUGGAUCUCCCAAAUAGCAAGCAAAGUCAUUUCACUUCCUUUCCUACCAAGCCUUCCCAAAUCAAGCAUUCUUCGUUCCAGAUCUGCUGCUAGGUCUCGUACUCGUUCACGCGAUGAUCAGGACAAGAUUGUUCUCCGCAAAAAGACCACGUCCAGUCUAGGUUCACCAGACGAGUCCCAGGAAUCUCCACAAACACGGCGGCACCGUGAGACAUACACAUGUGACCAGUGUGGCAAAAGCUUUCCUUACCAGUGUUUGUUGGAAGACCACGAGCGCACUCACACAGGUCAGAAACCGUUCCAGUGCUCUGUGUGCGGGAAGACAUUCCGGGCCCGCAGUUUCCUGACAAUCCACGAAAAGAUUCACUCCAACGUGCGUCCGUUCCAGUGCCAGGUGUGCAAGAAAGCCUUCCGGAAGCGCGCGGAUCUGGUGAAACACCACCUGGUGCACACGGGAGAGAAACCGUACAAGUGCACCAUUUGUGGAAAGGGUUUCACUCAGGGGUCAUACCUGAAGAUUCACCAGGCCUGCCACACCUCAGAGCACCAUUACCCUUGCCCUCACUGUGAGAAGACCUUCCCCACGGCCUUUAAGCUGCGGAUGCACGAGCGCUACCAUACCAAGGAGCGGCCUCAUCAUUGCAUGAAGUGCGGGAAGAGCUUCAUCCACCUCUCCAUGCUCAAGAGGCACAUGGGCUACCACGCGGGCAAGCGGCAGUACCUCUGCGCCCUGUGCGGCAAGGCCUUCGUCUACAUGUUUGACCUCAAGAAGCACCAGCGCAGACACGACAAACCCAAAGAGGAAGUGCCUUGCAACAUCUGCCACAAGAUCUUCUCCAGCCCGGAAGGGGUGAGAUGUCACAUGCGUAUCCACACUGGAGAGCAGCCUUUCCAGUGCCAGGAGUGCGGGAAGUCCUUCUCCCAGCUGGGCAAUAUGAAGAGGCACCAGCGCGUUCACACUGGGGAGCGGCCAUUCACCUGCACAGUUUGCGACAAAACCUUCAAGCACUCCUCCCACCUGAAGGACCAUUCGCACAUCCACACAGGCGCUUGGCCGUACCAGUGCGAUCACUGCGGCAAACAGUUCAGGUUCCCCGGGCCUCUGAAGAAGCAUGAGAGAACUCACGUGGACCCACAAGAUGGACGAAGGAGUAGUCGCAGGAAGCAGGACCCCCAGAAGACCUGAUUUCCUUUCAGUCAUUGAGAUGUUUUCUGAAGUUAAAAGAAGUCCAAGAGUUCUUGUUGUCCAAGGGACAGUAGCAAAGAGAGCUAAUGAUGAUGAAUAAAGACACUAUAUGGAUUACUGAGUUAGCUAGUUACAUAAUGAAGUACAUGAUUUAGAUUUGUGCCUUUUCCCAGUCUAUAUUCGAUCCAGUUAUCUGGCUAACUCAAAAAUGGUCCUUUGUGGAAUGCCCCCCAGGUAAAGAGGAACAUAGGUCACGUGAAGACAAUUCAAAGUUACUUUUAGCAAUAAACAAUCCAGAGAACUAAUGAAGUUGGUUUGUUAUGCAUGCCUGUGCUUCCUAGAAUACUGUAUAAAUCCAUUUAUUUACAAGCAAUUUCAUAGAUACUGGUUUGCAGUUUGAAAUAAAGAGGGUGAAGAAAUACCAUUGUAAUUUCCAAAA